AUGAACUUCGCAAAGAAGACGCAGUACAACAUCAAGGUGGAUAUCCACGAAGUGAAGGAUCUGAGCUUCCGCGAAAGCGCCAACGAAAAGGAGAUCAUCCCGAAUCCCUACGUCCAAGUGACAGUCAAUAAUGAACAGAAAUGCACACCGAAAAAAAACCAAGCAGUGAACGUAGCAUACAACACGUCCUUCAAUUUCUCCAUGAAUUUGACAGAUUACCUUUUUCAGCGAACUAGUGUAGACGUGUGUGUGUUGCACAAGUACACAAUACAGAGUGCCCUCAUUGGCAAAUGCUCCUUUGGAUUAAAUUACGUAUACUCCAAAGCACAGCAUUGGUUGUAUAGAAUUUGGGUCAGAUUAAGAAACCCAGAUUUACCUCUCGACGAAGUUGGCUUUCUUCUCAUUUCCGUUGGGGUCUAUGGUCCUGGGGAUUCAAUCCCAAUAAUUAAUGACAGUGUGAAGGCUAACAUAAGUGACUCUGUGAAUACAUCAAAUGUUGAUGGGUUAGCAGGAGGUGGUGAUUCUGGUGCCGCUGCUGAAGGAGGAGAAGAAGAAGAAGGGGAAAAUGGCACCGAGUUCGGGACGAAUAAAGGACUAGACAUACACAUCACACAUUAUGAUCUAUGUGUAAAUAUAUUCCGUGGACAGGACAUGGAUUUUAUCGGGAGCAGUAUGUUAUUUUCGAACACGUUGGAACCCUAUGUGAAGGUAACUCAUAACGGGUUCGAGGAGAGUACCAAGGUGAUCAGAAAUGACCCAAACCCAGUUUGGAAUCUGAGUGUACACAUCCCGACGUGUACUCCUUGUUAUGAUAAAAAUAUAAUAAUAGAGUUGGUGAAUGGAGAGCAUAAUGGGGUGGUGAUGCUGAGCGUUUUGCUAGACUUAUUUGAGAUUCUGAAACGGGAACUGCAGCCAAGAUGGUAUAACAUAUAUUACAAUCCUCAGAACCAGAUUGCCCCGAGAAGUAGUAUAUAUAACCAAAACGUUACUGCUAAUGCACCUAGUGCAACUCAGAGUAGUAAUGCCCCGACAUCUGGUAAUGCACUAGGGAAUUAUCUAUUCUCAGCAACGGCGGAAAAGUUAUUCAAAAAUGCAACACAAGGAAUUAAUAUUAACGAAAUUUUGGGAGUAACCAAAAUGCAGAAUAUGUUUUCGUAUGACGAAAAUUUGAAAGAGUUUUAUCUCUACGGAGGGAGAAUAUUCCUAAGUGUAAGUGUAACCAAAACACAUGCACCAGGACCUAUACGUAUCAAAUCAGCUAGAGUAGAACCAGAUCCACCAAAUAAAGAAUUCAUUUUUUGUGCCGAUAUUUAUGAAAUAUUAUCCGUCAGGAGUAACAACAAUAAGGGUGGAAAUUAUAACUCAGAGAAUCUACAAGGAGCUUACAACAAAACGUAUGAUGGAAAUGGAGACACCAUCGUAUGUGUAUGUGGAUUAGGUCCACACAAACUGAAAACUUCAUCUCUUCUCCCGAACGAAGUAGGAUCUUAUGUCUUGGAUGAAAGUACAGGACGGAUAAAUGAAUUUAGAAUCUUUUUACCACAGAAUAAUACGGAUCAGAUAUAUGACAUUUUUCUUUACAUCUAUGUGAGAUCUAAUCUCGCUGUAACAGAUUGGUUAACUACCCGGAGGAGUGUGUACAAUUCUGGUGGAGGAGUAGGAGGACAUAACAAUAGAGACCUAUACGACACAGGAGAUGCAAACACUGGUAUGACGUUGAAUCAUAUGAGCUCCAUAAAUAAGCACUCAGAGGAUCUGUUUAACGACUCCGAUCUUAUGAGCAAUUACAAAUUGAAGAGUUAUGUACGCAUCCCUUUUAAGUACCUACUACUUAGUGAGAAUAAGCCCAAAUGGUUCUCUAUGAAAAAUGUGGACACUAGUUCUCAUGAUUAUAGUAUCUCUUUUUAUGCGAAUUUGGUUCCGUUUCAUUUAUUCAAGAAAAGGCAACAACGAUUGGAGUACAAAUUAUGUAGGUAUUUCUUCCGAGCGUUAAUCUACGAAGGGUUGCAUUUCCCAGCUAAGGGUUACGACUCCUUUCCAGACCCCUACAUAAAGGUAGAAUUAGCAGGACAGACCAUAAAGACAAGCACCAUUUUGCAAACCCUGAACCCAAAUUAUUAUGAAGCCUAUGAGGUAGAAGUGAUUCUUCCAACAAAUUUGAAUCUAGCACCCGACAUAUCCAUUGAAGCCUUUUCUGUUAAUAAAACGUUCCUCUAUAACGAUGACGAUAUACUGCUAGGUUCUUGUACGUACCCUAUUAUGAAGGUCCCCAUAGAGUGGAAACGCUCUCCUGUUUGGGUGAAUCUCAAAUCGUCUCAAUAUAAAAAAUGUAAAGCAAAACUUCUGGUUGGGUUCGAAUUAGUUCCCUUGGAAAAAGUACUAGAUGAGAGUUACCCCUUUUAUGAUGAUAUCAGACCAUCUACCCUACCAGGACAUGUAUCUCUUUUCCUUGUUGGCAUACGUAUGUUUAAACCGUUAAAAAAUCCAUCCGUAACUGUCUGCUUCGGAAGAGAUGUCGAUGAUACUUCUCAGUUUCUUUGGCACGAAACAGUUAGUAAAGUCAUAUCUGGAAAGGAAGGAAAUUGGAAUUUUUUGAAACAUUUUUCUCUAGAUGUCGCCUUACCCAAACGGAUGCAACAUCAUAGCUUUUUGGAAGUACGUGUAGAGGAUAGGGAACUAACUUCUGGGUUCAGUUCCACCGGGGGGACUGCUUCCCAGCCAGCCAAAGCUACAAACAAUAACAACCUAAUCGGCACUGCGUAUAUCACGCUGAACCCGUUACUUCCGUGGUUAGACAAAUAUGAAAAGAACGAGUGUGUCGAAUUAUUUAAGUUGCAUCUGUUGGAAGAGGUUCUAAUGGAAGAUGCAGAGAGGGCACGUAAAUCUUACAACACUGCUUUGGUGUAUAAAAAGAGUUCCAUGGUUUCGAGGAAAAUUACGAAUGGGUUGUUUGACGGUGAGGGGGGAGGAGAAGAAGGAGGUGCUACUGAUGAUGAGGGGGAUGGAGAUGGAGGGGCCGGCGGUCGGGGGUUCCAUGCCUUGUCUUUGAAUAUGCUGGAGGAGGGAGCCUCCGAGGCGAGCGACACAAGGGCAGAUGACGAGGUCGUGACGGAGGCGGCGAUUGAGCUGGGCGGGGCGGACUUCGACCCGGAGGAGGGCGACGAGACCCUGCUAACGGGGAACCCCGCCGGGGAGGACGAGCUGCAUUUCGGAGGGGCGGCGCAGGGGGGGAAGAUCCCAAAGGGGAAAAAAACGGAUGAGAAAAGAACAGAUGAGAAAAGAACAGGUGAAAAAAAAACAGAUGAGGUGAACCCAGAUGAGGUGAACCCAGAUGAGGAGAACCCAGAGGAGGAGAACCCAGAUGAGGAGAACCCAGAUGAGGAGAACCCAGACAAGAAGAACCGUGAUACCCCAGCGCAGCGCAACCUCAGCAGGAAGAAGAAGAAAAAUAUGAACAAAUUUACGAACAAGGAGUACGUACCUUAUAACGACCCCGACUUCGCAAAUGUGAGGAUAGAGGAGGCACUGGAGCACGUGUGCUUUAAAGCGAGCGAGUACGCGAGUGAUUCAGCGGUCAGUGGGGAGGAGAAGGGGAGGGAGAAGGGGAGGGAGAAGGAGAAGGAGAACGAACAUGGGGGGGAGAACGCACACGGGGGGGAGAACGCACAUGGGGAGGAUAACACACAUGGGGAAAACGACAGCAACGCGAGCCAAAGGAGGAUAAAGCUGAGAGACAUGAAUUUCUUCAAAGGGAAGGAAAAAAAGAACCCACACGUGAAUAAAAAAAAAGAGAGGAAAACUAUUCAUGGGUUCAGCGAAGAUGCAUUAAACUUCCAAUUAUCGAUAGCAGGAGAUGAUGAACAGGAAGAAACACAGAGAGAUGAGAUGCUGUACGAGUAUGAAGUAGACAUGAACGUAGAUGAUUUACCUUACCUACGAGCAACCAUAUUUAGAUGCACCGAUUCAGGAAUACCAGAAGCAGUAGGGUACCUGAAGUAUUUAUGCAACGUGUAUGAUGACAAGACCAUUCACCUCAAAAAGGAGAUGCUGAAAAAAUGUGAAAAAUUGGUAAGUGAAUACAAGCUGACUCGUAAUUUAGUUGUUAGAGCAUACAUCAUCCAAGCGAGAGGCUUGAACCCUCCUUCUGGAGCAACCGACAUAACUACCUACGUGUGGAUUAAAAACAGCAACGAAAUAACUAAUAUCCCUGGAGGACUCUCUCAUAAUAUUAAGGAUACUGGGCAUAUUAAGAGACAAGGAUACAAGCCCGAAUUUAAUAGAUCCUACCAGCUAUUGUGCUCAUUCCCCGAUGAAUCCAUUAUCCAAGUGUGCAUCAUGAAUCAGGGUUCUCUAUCAGAUGAGGUCAUUGGUUAUACCUACAUCGAUAUGGAGGAUAGGUAUUUCCAUCCAAGGAUUAGACAGCUAAUGAUAGAUGAUAGCAUGCCAAUCGAGUUAAGGUCACUGAAGUUAGAAAACAGUACCAUCUCUCAUGGCUCUUUAAGAUGCUGGUUUGAAAUUUUCACAGAAGAAUUUGCUCAAAGGAACCCAAUCAAAAUUUUAUGCUCUAAUGAACCGGAUGACUACCAACUGAGAGUGGUUAUUUGGAAGGUUAGCAACGUUGCCAUGGAUGACAGUCCCACCAUUAGUCUCUUCGUUAGAUGCAUCUACACAGAUGAAGAUUUCGAAGAUAAGAGAGACACGGACACACACUACAACAGCAAGGAUGGGAAGGCCCUGUUCAAUUGGCGUUUUGUGUAUAAUGUGAAGAUCCCUACCAACGCUACUAACGUCAAAGUGCAGGUGCAUAACUACGCCCUGCUGUCCUCCAGCGAGCCCAUCGGAGAGGCCACUCUCAACCUCGCCACGCACUUUUACCGCGCCAGGAAGAAGCGGGGCCUCUACCACAUCCCCAGGUUUUGGCUGCAGUGCAAGCACCCAGCCCACAAGAACAAAGUUCGCGGAAGCGUCGAGGUCGAGGCGUGCAUUUUGCCCAAAGCGGAGGCGGAGGUCGACCCCGUCGGAAACGGCCGAGACGAACCCAACAAGGACCCCUUCCUCCCCCCCGUCACGGAAAACAGGACGUACGUCGAUUGGGUCACCAUCAAUGAGAAGUUCGGAGCCGCCACGGCGUCCAUCAUGCACGGUUUGAAGUGGACAGGUGUCUGGAUCGUCGUGGCCGUCGUGGUCGUGGGUGUGUUUUUCCUCCUCAUCCUUUUGAAGUGA